CCUUCUACCACUACUCCUUCCAGUUCACUCUCGCCCUUUCGCGACUCCUCCUGCGCGUCUGGAUGGACACGCACACGCUGCCAUAGCAAACCUCACCCGCAACUCCUCAGACCUUCUGAACACCGCGUCUCAGGCAGCACCGUCACCGCCAAUCCGCUGCCACCACCCCCUCAAACCGCACGCCGCCACCAUGGAGAACUACCAGAAGAUGGAGAAGGUCGGCGAGGGCACGUACGGUGUCGUCUACAAGGCUCGCGACCUCUCCUCACCCGACCAGCGCAUCGUGGCCCUCAAGAAGAUUCGACUCGAAGCCGAGGAUGAGGGUGUCCCCUCCACCGCCAUUCGCGAAAUCAGCUUGCUCAAGGAGAUGAACGAUCCGAACGUGCUACGACUGCUCAACAUCGUCCAUGCCGACGGACACAAGCUGUACCUGGUCAUGGAGUUUGUGGAUUUGGAUUUGAAAAAGUACAUGGAAGCGUUGCCUGUCAGUCAGGGAGGUCGUGGGAAACCAUUGCCAGAGGGCAUCAUGACCGAGAAGGGCCACUUUGGUCUCGGCCCAGACAUGGUCAAGAAGUUCACGCACCAACUUCUCUCGGGCAUUCGCUACUGCCACUCCCACCGCGUCCUCCACCGCGAUCUCAAACCGCAAAACCUCCUCAUCGACAAAGACGGAAACCUCAAAAUCGGCGAUUUCGGCCUCGCUCGCGCCUUUGGCGUUCCUCUCCGCACAUAUACCCACGAAGUCGUCACACUCUGGUACCGAUCCCCAGAGAUCCUCCUCGGAGGCAGGCAGUACAGCACAGGCGUGGACAUGUGGAGCGUGGGGUGCAUCUUCGCCGAAAUGGCAACUCGCAAACCACUCUUCCCCGGUGACUCGGAGAUUGACGAAAUCUUCAAGAUCUUCCGUUUGCUGGGUACGCCGACUGAGCAAGAGUGGCCUGGUGUCACAUCGUUCCCAGAUUUCAAGUCUUCUUUCCCCAAGUGGGAACGCAAGCAGGACGACGAGCUGGUGAAUGCGGAUGGUGUCAAAGUACUGGGCAAUGAGGGGCUGGAGCUACUGGAUGCGCUCCUGGUGUUUGACCCAGCGGGUCGCAUGAGUGCGAAGCAAGCCGUGCACCACCCCUAUUUUCAGGAUGGAGGCAAGCUGUAUGGACGAGCGAACGGAUACCAAUGAGGAACGAGGGUUGAAUGAGUGUUAUGAAGCUAGGAGGACACGAAUGCGAUGUGCAAAGAUGGAGGAGAUAUGACUUUCUCACUGUGUUUCCUGUGUCAUCAAACAAAAAAUCUCAGCAUAUCGAAGGAGUGGGAGGGCAGGCAGGCUUUUGCAUGGGAAUGGGACUCGGCAGGUCAGGGUCAGGUCAGGCCAGGCCUGUGUAUGGCGUUUCGGUGCACUACCUAGUACGCUAGGCGCGUCUUUUUGUUUUUUUGUUUUGUUUUGCACAGUAUGGCUGCUGCAUUCACGCGAUACCUGGCUUUCUUUUUUCAAUGCAAGUUCAUAUGAAAAACAAAGAGGUCACACAGGUCUUUAAUACUGUUUUUCUUUUUUUCACUUUCAGUUUCGUGUUUUCUUUUUUUUUUCUUUUGGCGUCUGUCAUUCUCAUAAAGCUCAUAUCCCAAGCAUUUUUUUCAUCAUCACAUCAUCAUCAUCAUCAUUCUUCAAAGCACACUGCUCACUUUUCCUCUCGCUGAUGGUGAUGGCAAUGGCAAUGGCAGUAGUCAAUGCGCCACAAGCACCUGUCCACCCUCCCACGUCUCUCCCGACUCGAGUGUUUUCCAACCAUCCACCGCGCCCACUUCCACACAGACCAUAGUCUGAUAACCAUCCUUGGGCUCAAAAUCUCCCAUACUCUUGGAUUUCUCCACCCACGGAUUCCACACGACGCUGUCUUCGACGCCGCCGUCGCGCGUCACGUCGAGAGAGGGUUUCCCGUCUUCUACGAUGGACGUGGUGGGUUGUUUGAUGGAUUUGUAGACGCGAUCGACUUCUCCUGUGAUGGAGAGAUUGGGAGAGGUUUGUUGGUGUUCGGUGGCGUUGAGGACUUUGUCGAUGUAGGUGACGCUGCCGAGGCCGGUGAUUUGAGUUUUGGAAAUGUCCGCAACUUUAAAGUACGAAUGCAACAGCAUCUGGAAAUCAAAGGCUUCUUUGCCUUCAUUCCGUACUUGCAGCAUAGUCUGCAAACCAUCUUUGCCCAGCGUGACCGAGUAUACCAGACUAAACUUGAACGGCCAUGCUUUCUUCGCUUCCUCGCUCAAGGAGUCCGAGGACAAGCCAAAAUCGACUUUGACACCGUUGUCGUCCCCUCCUCGGCUUGCGUUUUUGCUCAUCAAGACAGAGGACUCGGUGGAGGAUUUGCCCAUAUAUUCCCAACGUGUGUUUCGGGCGAAGCCAUGUUGAGGGAGAGCACUCGUUGCGUGGUUUUGGGGUGGAGGGCCGAAGCAUGGAAAGACCACAGGUAUGCCUCCUCGCACGGGCUUGCUACCGUCGAGCUUCGCGGCCGUGCUGAGCCACAGUCUCUCUUUGCCAUUGCUCUUCCAACUCGUCACGGUAGCUCCGAAGAGCAAAAUUUCGACGGAAUCGCCGGUUGGAAGGGUCGCUGUCACCUUGCCAUUCUCUGCGUACACGCUGGCUUGUGGUCCGGUGCUGGCCGGCGAGAGCAAUGCGGAUGGCUUGUGAGGACGAUCCAUGUUUUGAAGGACGUUUUUUGUUCAAUGUGAAUUUUGUGUCUCUGAGGAGGGGGUUGGGUGUCGUUUUGGGAGGUGAAGGCAAAGGGAUUAUAAUGGAAGAGACGGAGCUCUAUUUACUUGGCUCCGCUUUAGUGUUUCAG